AUCAGUCCAAACUCCCUUUCCUUUUCCGGUUUAAAACUCGCCUUGCACCCCGGUUCGAGAAAGCAGUGUGGAAGUAGGACAAAUUAAAGUACCGAUGGCAUCACCGAAAGAAGAAAAUGGUACAUCCUUGCACACAGCGGAGGACUUGAGUAAUAACGUGGAAGCAGAGCCAGUAGCUGAGAAAUGAGCACCGAGAUGGAGAUGUCCUCACCGUUAAGCUCGCCGGCCCGCCAGAAGCUGGAGAACCUGCUGAAUAAGAGCAUGAGGAUCCGCAUGACAGAUGGACGCACGCUGGUGGGCCUGUUCCUCUGCACCGACCGCGACUGCAACGUCAUCCUGGGGUCCGCUCAGGAGUUCCUCAAAUCCACAGAUUCGUUCUCCCAGGGUGAGCCUCGAGUUCUGGGUCUGGCCAUGAUCCCCGGCCACCACGUCGUCUCCAUCGAGGUGGAGGCAGAGAGCCUGCUUACCGCCUAGGAUGCCACCCAGUAAGGGAGGGAGAGACAGACUUUGAGAGCGAACCAGGAAACACCGCGGCUCCUGCCAUGGUCUGCAUUCCAGGAGCCUCUGAGGCCAUACAAGCAUGAAGCCACAGACACCUUCACAUCGGCUUUGCCUGGGGACCUAGUGUCAAACACACACACAAACACACACACACACACACACACAACCUCCAGUACCGUGGCAAUGGUGGGCUCGCUCUCACCUUCCUGGGUGCUGGAUGUCUGAAUCCUGUCCUACCAAACCCCCUUGUUCAUCACCCACUAUACCCCCCCCCCCCCCCCCCCGCAGGGGGGAGAGAGAGAGAUCAGAUGUCGAUGCUUUAUGGAAAUGGAAGUUGGCGUUCAUCGUGAUGUGGAGUAAGCGUGGAUCAAAUCACACCACAUUCGACAAGGGAUUACGCUGGAACGCCGAAGACGACCACUGGCCUCAGAACAGAUUGUUCCUUUAUGCAGGAGACAAAGAUUUCGACAUCGCCUGUCUCAAACAAGAACUGGGCAAGGAGAGACCGUGGAAACCUCGCAGAAGGCAGAUAGGCAUAUCAGCAGCCCCGGGACAGAUGCCAAAAGGAAAUUUGUUUUGAAAUGUGACUGGAGAAUUUCAUAAUAAACUAACUUUCAUCCUGAUCCAUUUCUUUAGAAGCUUCUCGGUAAUCGCCAUUGAUGGGGAGGGGAAAAAAAUCCAAGAACAUUUGUUUUAAAGCUGUUUUUAAUUCUUUUAUCUGGAGCACACUCAUGUAUUUCCAUUUAAACUUGAUAAAAACUAUUAAACCAUUUUUUUGUACUAA